AUGGCUCCUCCGCUCUACACUCUUGCAGAAGGCCGCCCCUAUCCCGAUGCCUCGACAGCCCAGCGCUUCAGCGAUGGCUCGCCGGCCAAGGGCCUCGCGCUGUUGCAGGACACCCAGCUCAUCGAGACCCUGGCCCACUUCAGUCGGGAGCGCGUCCCCGAGCGCGUGGUCCAUGCCAGCGCGGUGGGCACCUGGGGCGAGUUCGAGGUGACGCACGACAUCUCGCACCUGACCUCGGCCAAGUUCCUCACGGGAAUCGGCACCAAGUCCAAGACGCUGUCCCGUAUCUCGACGGUCGGCCCCGGGGCCGGCAGCGCCGACACGGUGCGCGACGUCCGCGGGUGGGCGCUCAAGAUCUUCACAGAGGAGGGCAACCAGAACUUUGUGUUCAACGACAUCCCCGUGUUCUUCGUGCGCGACCCGAUCAAGUUCCCGUCGUUGAACCGGUCGCACAAGCGCCACCCGGCCACCAACAUCACAGACCCGACCAUGUUCUGGGACUUCCACUCGCAGAACCAGGAGGGCAUCCACGCGCUGAUGCUACUGUACUCCAACCGCGGCACCCCCCAGUCGGUGCGGCACGUCAACGGCUACAGCGGCCACACGUACAAACUGACCAAGCCCGACGGGACCUUCCACUACGUCAAGUUCCACUUCAAGACCAACCAGGGCACCGAUACGCUGACGGAGCAGGAGGCGGACAAGCUCGCCGGCGAGGACCCGGACUUUCACAAACGCGACAUGUGGGACAAUAUCGCCAAGGGUAAUUAUCCGUCGUGGACGCUGUACAUCCAGGUCAUGACGCCUCAGCAGGCCGAGACGUACCGCUGGAACAUCUUUGACAUGACCCGCGUGUGGCCGCACAGUGAUUUCCCCCUGCAGGAGGUCGGCAAGCUCACCCAGAACAAGAAUCCCGACAACUACUUCGCCGACAUCGAACAAGCGGCCUUUUCGCCCUCAACCAUGGUCCCCGGUAUCGCGCCCUCAGCCGAUAUAAUGCUCCAAGCCCGCAUGUUCGCCUACCCCGACGCAGCCCGCUACCGCCUCGGCACCAACUACCAACAACUCCCCUGCAACCGCCCUGCCGUCCCCGUCUACUGUCCCUACCAGCGCGACGGCCAGGGCACCAUCAACGGCAACUAUGCCGGUGACCCCAACUACGUCCGGUCCGCCCUCAAACCGCUGGCGUUUUGUCCUGUGGAUAAAGGGCUGCCGGGCCAGACGCCGCAGCAGAAGGUGCUGGGGCAAAAAGAGAGUGGUAAGGGCGGUACGGCGGCUGCGGCGGGGCCGGAUGCGAAGCAUAAUAUUUGGGUGAUGGGGACGGUGGAGGAUUAUGCGAGCGAGGUUACGGAGGAGGACUUUGAGCAGCCGAGGGAGUUUGGGGAGAAGGUGUUGGGGAAGCAGCCCGGGCAGCAGGAGCAGUUGGUUAGUAAUGUGGCUGGGCACUUGGGGAAGGCGGACCCGGCUGUUUGGGAGGCGACUUUUGACAUGUUCUCCCGGGUUACUCCUGAGCUGGGCGAGGCUAUUCGCAAGGCUGUGACGUCUAAGGCCCAGAAGUGA